CGGUGUGCGAGGCGUCGCCCAAGCCCCGCCUUUUCCGGUAACCGAAGCCUAUCACAGAGUCGGGAUGGCGCAGGCUGGGCGGAGGCCCCGCGAUAGGCCCAACCGGGCGGCCGGAGAGAGCGGGAAGCGCAGCGGGCGGGUGUCCUCUUCCGCCCCGGCCCGGAAGGGUGAUGUGGCUGGACCAGCACCGGCCUCACUAUGUCUGCCAUUUUCAAUUUUCAGAGUCUGUUGACUGUAAUCUUGCUGCUUAUAUGUACGUGUGCUUAUAUCCGAUCCUUGGCACCCAGCCUCCUGGACAGAAAUAAAACUGGACUAUUGGGAAUAUUUUGGAAGUGUGCCCGAAUUGGUGAACGCAAGAGUCCUUACGUUGCUGUAUGCUGUAUAGUGAUGGCCUUCAGCAUCCUCUUCAUACAAUAGCUUCAAAAACUACCAGCGUGUGAUUGCCAUCAGACUCUAAACAAAGACUUGCCUCCAGAAAAUAAUGGGAAGAGUAGUUAACCCUUUUAUCUCUGAACAAGAAAUGAGAUAAAUUUCAAGAUGCUGUUCUCUAUUUUUAUGCUAAUGGACCAAUGAGCUAUAUAAAUAAUUAAGAUGUAACAGUUUAAUACACAGGAUGUGAUUAUAGCAAUCAACCUCAGUCUGUUGCUCCAGUAUUAACUCUCAGCAAAUGUCAUUCUGUUGUCUCGGAACUGCUUUUCAUAAGGUUCUUGAGGCCAUGAAGUAGAACAAACAGUUGGUGGAUUCCACAGGCUCCUUUCACUAGGGCUUAAAAAUGUUGUCCUCAUUGAAUGAGACCUUCUAGUGACUGGCCUAUUUUUAUUGGAAAAAAUUGUUCUAUUUUUGUUGUUGUUGCUAUUCUUAUGGAUUGCAUUCAUAUUUAAACCAUUUUGAUUGCUAACCAGAAUACCUCUAUUCUUGGCAAAUUAUUACAGGUGUAAAAUAUUUUAAACAAAACCUUGCAUUUCUUUAAUAUAAUAUGGUCAAGUGUGGUCAAAGAUACAGCUGCCGUUCUCUGAAAAAGAGCAUUCUUCGAAUGGAAACCAGCAAGUAGAACAGAGUAGACUAAUAGUAUCACAUGCUUUCGUUCUCAUUCGUGUCAGCUCUUCCAAAUAGAGCACUGGUUGUAGUUAUCCCAAAUGUGGUUUUUGUUGUGUUUUUUUAUGCAUCACUCUAAAUACAGUUUCUUUUCUGUCAGCUUAAACUGGAAUCUGUUUUCUAACUUUGUAGGUGAUAAACACAUCUCAUACCUGCUUAGUCUGGAUACUACAGUCUAAGUAUCUCUCAGCUUUGACACUGAAGCAAGAAUUUGAGCAGUUUGUAAUGUAGAUAUAUGCAAAGAUUGGGAAUGAAGCCUUAGUAUAAAAAGGCAGUUGGAAGUGGGAAUCCAUUGCUAUUGUAAAGCUAAGAGGAAUUUAAUCUACCUGAAAACACAUACUACACAUAACAUUUAUUAUUUAAGUACUGGUUUAAGUAUAAAAGAAACUUUUUCUCAGAAAUGAAAUUCUAUAGAAACAGAGUACUGAACUUGAAGCCUUUUUAAGUAGCAUAUCACCCUAGCCCAGACAGGCACAAAGCUUGCUAGACCACCAGGUUUUCCAGACUGCCUGAUGCUGCAUGGAUUGCACUUUAGGGUAGCAUCAAAGAAGCUUACUUUGUGUUUUCUUGGGAUCAUUUUUUUCAAAAGGAUCUUUGGAAUGUCUAUAGCUAGUUAAGACCUGUCUGUUUUACUUUGGACAGGAAAUCAGAUUAUGGUAAUUACUUAGCUCUGAACUGCAUCUUGGGCUUUAUAUUAGGUCAGAGAUUUCUAGGACGUUCCAAAAAUAGGACUCCCUCAUUGGCAUCUUUGUGAACAGUAAGUCAUCUUUCAAGGUCUGAUUUCUGGGCGGCCAUCUGUUGUCCAUCUCUGCUACCAACUGAAUUUUCCGGAAGUGUUGUCAACAUUUUUUCCUAAGUUAGCACACAUCUCAUAAAAAGGAGAGAAUAAAGGAUCAGGCCUAAACUGUUUGUUUAAUUUAACAUUUCAGACAGUGUAGGUGGAAAUGAGAGGAACAUAAUUAAUUUGGACUAUGUGUGGUAACAUAAAACGGUUAACUGUGUGUAGCAGCUUAUCUCUAUCCCUGCCAUUCUUCUCUUUUUAAGUAGGGCUCUCUGGAGUGUAGGAUUGAUGCAAAGGUAUGGGAUUUGAUUUUAAAAAAAAGAGAGAGAUUGCCGUUUUUGAUGUGUAAACCCUGACUCGUAUUUUCCGAGCCACAUGGUGGUGUAGGGGUGUGAAGCCCACAGGAUACUCAGCUGUGUUCAGGUGGAAUGUGGAGGAGCAGUAAGCAUUGCUGGCAUCUGGCCUCUACACAGUGGCUGUAAUACACAGCUUAAGGAGGGACACAGACCCAGGGGCUAGCAAGCUCCAGAUUGGCUCUAGAGUCUUUAAUCCAUGUCUCAACAUUUGUUUUGUAUUGGUGUUUGGUUCCUGAUGAGUGUCAUCUGUGCCAUUGACAGAGUAGGGACAUGUCUUAUUUCCAGGUAGUCCUUCAAGAUGGUCAGAAGCCACUUAUUUGUCAAAUUUGUCAUAUAUUUUUGAAAAGAGUUUAAACUCAGUUCAGUGUCUACCUAUGCCAUAAACUACCUUAUAUGUUUCCAUUCAAGAUAUUUCCUACUGGGGUUAGUAAGAAUAUGUAAUUUAUAAUAAAUUCCUUCAUCUUCAUAAUAAAAUUAUUCUCAUCA